AGGAGUACGCUUAGGCAAGUUAAGCGCACUUUCAGCUAAAGAGUCUUACAUCAAGAGUUCUCCAAGAGUGCUAUUGCUCGAUCACUGAUUUAUUUAUAUAGUUAGUCAGUUUGUUUAUUGAAUUCGGCAAUCGGAAGCGACCGGAAGUGAAGUUGAAAACGGGACGAUGCGACGGGCCCUUGGGGACUCGGUGGAUAAGUGCAUGAAUUAGCGACUUUUUUUCGGAUUUUUCGUGUUUCCCUCACCAACGACAUUCUGGAUUCGUGUAACGUGUUUGACUAAUGACAAUUGAUGUAUGAACAUUGAACAGGGUACCUUACCUAUUUAUUGUGAUUUGUGUAUUUGUGUGAGUUUUUUUACUUGGCAGAAAGACUGUUUUAAAAUUUAAUAAACUUCGAGAUGAAACUUGAAACGAAAUAGAUGGGACUUGUGACGAUUAUGAUGACGAUGGGUCUGGUUCGAUGUGGUGACGUUAUGUUCAACUAACACCGGCAUAAGGUCGAUUAAAGACAAGAAAGCCAGAUAAACAAUUGUCGUAGGAGGUGGUGGACGACGGCCGGCGUUUGUCUCUGGCGCCGUCGUCACUGUCUGGCGUUCGCGUCCAUGUCUGAGGGUGUCGGCGGUUACGGGGAGGGCGUGGUGGACCGUAAUACGGCCGACCUGCACGGGCUUUUGCCCGAGCUCAAUGGCGUGGACCUGGCCAUGAGCCUUAGUCCCAAGCAGCAUCAUCAUCUUCAGCAGCUGCAUCACUCCACGCCUUUCAGUGUCACCGACAUACUAAGUCCCAUCGAGGAAUCCUACAGGAAAUUGGAACUGGCUGCAAAUCCACCUUCACCCUACAGAUCGACUUCUAGUGGAAGUAGCAUAAACUCCCCAGGAGCUGGUGGAGGAUCAAGUAACGGAGGGAACGGCAGUGCUAACGGUAGUGCAGCCAUGAAUACCGGCUACCCCGUAAUGGGUCAAUUCGGUGGUGGCCAGUAUUGUCCAGUAUCUGAAAAUAUAGGACUUGCUCCACAUUAUUCCACAGGCUGGUAUCAGAGUUCCGCAGCGGAUCCAAGAUUUGCAAUUUCGAGGUUGAUGGGAAGUACGGCAGCGUCGGCGAACAUGGGUCAUCCGGGCCUUAACACGGCCGGAAUGCCCGGUCUCGGCGCAUGUGCAAUGCCAGAUUCAAAACCCAUGCAAUUUCCCCUAGCACAGCGACGAAAGAGGCGGGUCCUUUUCACGCAAGCACAGGUGAAAAUAUGGUUCCAAAACCACAGGUACAAAUGCAAGAGACAGGCGAAGGAGAAGGCCAUGGCAGAACAAAACCAACAUAACCAGUCGUCAAGUUCGCCCCGAAGAGUCGCCGUUCCGGUUUUGGUGAAAGAUGGAAAACCAUGUUCGGGAGGAGGUUCCAACAGCCAGACGUCCACGGCGUCGACGGUCGAGAGCGCCGUGAGUCGGACGCAGCAAUCGCCUGCGUCGGCAUGUCAAUCGUCUGUGCAGCAACAGGCCCAGUGUAUGGCGAACGGAAGUUUGGCCGCGAUGGCCUAUCGUCAGCAAACGUCAAACUAUCAGCAACAGUGCGGGACUUAUUUACCCUUACAAGCGCGAGCGUGGUAGUGCCAAGCGCCGUCGCUUCCGUCAGUGCAGCCACCGGCAGUGGCGACAACGCCUUUCGCCCUCGAACUGCUCGAAAACAUGUUCAUAUGAUCCGUACCGUAAAGCACACGUUGUGCCUACUUUCUCUAUCAAUUAAAUUUCGACAGGGUAAUAAUCUUCUUCUACGAUUUGCGGUACUGGAAUUUAACCGUACAUCGAAUUUGUAGUCGUAAAAUGCAGACCAUCCUUUAGUGAUUAUUGUAAUUUAACAUUUAAUGAAUGGAAAAAUAAAAUCCUUCAUUUUCUUGGACCACUGUGCACAUGUUUAUGUUAAACCUGGUCAUAUCUUCUGAAACAGUGGAAUCCAGUAACUCGAAAUUCAAUAAAAGACCGUAAAGGUUGACUAGUAGACUAUGAUAUAAAGAAUCGAAUAGAUACAAUCAUUUUGGCUUAGAAAGGCAUAAUUUCUAAGCGUGCUUUUUCGAGUUCUACUGUUGGAUACCGAAGAAAGUAUGGUCAACGAUAGAGUUCGAUAGAGUUGAGCGUUGUAAAGAUUAACGUUACAAAGAAUGUAAACCUAUUAAGAGAUUAAAAACUGAACUAACUCCAGCAUAAAUCCAUUGCAUAUUAGUAGCUCGCAGGGAUAUCAAACAAAUCGCAUAUUACUGAAAUUAUAUAAUAAGCAAAAUAAUGUAAGAUGCGAAGCUCUUAGGUGUUUAUUAGAAGGAAAUGAAUUUAUUGAGAGACAGCCAAGUUAACUAGUUUUUAUUGUUAUCCGACGUGAGUUUCAAAUCUGUCGUUCUUAUGCCUAUUUUAUUCAUCAUUCUUUCAUCACCAUAAGGUCGUCAGUAUUAAGACUGAUGGUUGGACACGCAUCUCCACUCUUUCCUAUCCUGAGCUAAUCU